AUGUGGCUCAACAUCACUGCUUCCCCCUUCCUUCUAACUGGCUUCCCAGGCAUGGAGAAGGCACAUCAUUGGAUUUCCAUCCCAUUGUUGCUCAUCUAUACCUCCAUACUUCUUGGUAAUGGCACCCUUCUCUUUCUCAUCAGGAAUGACAAUAGUCUUCACGAGCCUAUGUACUAUUUUUUAGCUAUGCUAGCAGCUACAGAUCUCGGGGUGACUCUGACCACGAUGCCAACAGUACUGGGUGUCUUGUGGUUAAAUCACAGAGAGAUUGGCCAUGGAGCCUGCUUCUCUCAGGCUUACUUUAUCCAUACUCUUUCUAUUGUGGAGUCAGGUGUCUUGCUUGCCAUGGCCUAUGACCGUUUCAUUGCCAUCUGCAAUCCUUUGAGAUACAGCUCUAUCCUUACCAACACCCAGGUAAUGAAGAUUGGGAUGGGGGUAUUGACAAGGGCUAGUCUGUCAAUUAUGCCAAUAAUUUUUAGACUGCAUUGGUUUCCUUAUUGUCAAUCCCAUGUACUUUCCCAUGCUUUCUGUUUACACCAAGAUAUUAUCAAGCUAGCUUGUGCUGACAUCACUUUCAAUCGUCUCUAUCCAGUAGUGGUUGUGUUUGCAAUGGUCUUGUUAGAUUUUCUCAUCAUAUUUUUCUCCUACAUUUUGAUACUAAAGACUGUCAUGGGCAUUGCUUCUGGAGAAGAGAGAGCCAAGGCCCUCAACACUUGUGUCUCCCACAUCUGCUGCAUUCUGGUUUUCUAUAUAACUGUAGUUGGUCUGACUUUUAUUCAUAGAUUUGGAAAGCAUGCCCCUCAUGUGGUCCAUAUCACAAUGAGCUAUGUCUACUUCCUUUUCCCACCUUUCAUGAACCCUGUCAUUUAUAGCAUUAAAACAAAGCAGAUCCAGAAUGGUAUAAUUCGUUUAUUAUCUCUGUCUCAUUCUAAAGCAUGA